AUGAAGUUUUUACUGUCGUCACCCUUAAAGUCGCUGCCGCGGAGCCCAGCCAAAGAAGGCCCGCACUCGGACCCUGGAGACCCCGCACCCGCUGGGCCGGACCUGGUGUCGCCGGAGCUCGUGCCUAUCCUCACGUUGCUCUCUUCACAGACCCACCGACGGUAUCACGAGGGCACAUUCAUGCUCUACAGUGACUUGAACGGCGAUGGAAAUCCGGCGGACCGCGAGUGGCGCGAGGUGUACGGAAUCUUGACCGGGAAUCAGCUUGCAUACUGGGAUGCAGCCAGCUUGGCACGCUUCAAGGAUUCGCCCGAGCAAUUGUUCCAGACAAGCAGUAAGCCGAACUACUUGAACUUCACCGACGCGGUGUUCAACGCGAUGAAGGUGCUCCCCGCGGCAAAGCUCCAGAUGGAGAACGUGUUGGUAGUGCUGACGACCUUGAAGAACAGGUACAUUCUCCAGUUCAAGAAGCUUGCCCAUCUUCAGGAGUGGACGGUGGCGCUUCGGUUGGCCCGCUUUGAGUACCUGGCGCUCCAGGAGGCUUACACGGGUGCGCUCUUGUCGGCCCGUGGCCUGCGGCUCUCGGAUAUCCGCACGAUCUUGGCACCGAAACGGUUCAAUCACGAGGACUGGGUGAAGAUAAGAUAUGGCUCGGGCAUGGCGUGGAAACGCUGCUACGCUGUGAUCGAGCCCAGCCAGACGAAGAAAAAGCUGUUCAUCCCGGGCCGCGUGUUGCUCUUUGAGUCCGAGAACACCAAGAAAAAGGGCUUGGUGGGCAUCAUCACCUCGGCCACGCUGGUCUCGGCCGUGUAUCCCCAGCUGCCGCUUUUCAUCGACAAGAGCACCAUCAUGCAGCUUGAGGGCAGUGUGAACUUCAAGCCGCGCUCGGUGAAACCAAGCAAGAAAGACGAGGCUAACAGCCAGGAGACAUCGCUUUUUCUUAUGCCGGAACAACAUUCUUCUGUGCCCGGCUUCGACACCUUGAUCCGUUUCUUGAUUCCUCUAUACGACGCGUUUGGACUAUAUGGUCGUCCUCAGCGCUUGAACGCGGACCGCACCGACCCAGAUUCCUUGGUGUUUGGCCUUCCAACGUUGCCGCAUGUGCAUUACCUCAACCUGGACGACUUGCAGGGCGUCAGUUCCGACCAGCAGUUCUUGUCUCUUGACGCUCGGGCCUGGAAACAGAGCAUAAAAUCUGUGUUGCUUCGGAAAAUGGCCCAUGGCUAUGAUGGCUGCGGCUCCUCUCGUGGCUUCUCCGGUGCUGUGAACUCUUUGAAUAGCCCACGCUUAGUAGGGGCCGAUUCUCCUCGUGUUGCCUCGGCAUCAACCACCAAUACCCGCCAGGACGAUCUGUCCCCCCCACCAUCGGAGGGGUCACGGGAGCAACUUCCUACAAGUACGUUGAAGGCCACUCAACCGGGCCCAAUCAACAGAAACGUGAACAACUUGGAGGUUCAGACAUCCAAUGGCGCUCGGGACUCCAUACAAUUGGCAGAUAUCUAUCACAAGUAUUCGACCAUCGAGACUCCCUCGGAUAGGUAUGACGAUCGCAACAAGAUCUUGAAUGGGAGUGCGGAGGAGAUCGACGAGGAGGUGUUGCCGUCAUUGAUGAGAAGAAAGUCAUUGAUGAACGGGCCAUAUCCUACGAGCGAGAAACACCUUAUUGAUAGCGAAAGUGAUAUUGCGGAACUGGACGAAGAAGAAGUAGUUGCAGAAGGCAACAUAAUGUCUUCCAGCCCUGCGCGGAAAGUCGGAGAAAAGCACGGAAUGUUAGCAGUACCGCAAACAUACGACCAAAGGAACCUGAGCUACUCGUCCGUGCAGUCACCGUUAACACAGUACAACGAGUUUAACCAACAGUUUACCAAGAGUGUGGAG